GAUCGAAGGAUCGAAGCCUCAGUACUGCUAGAGACGCCGCACGCGCACGACGCCAUGUUUUCCGCGGCGAUUUUUCUAAUCGCGUGCGCAGCAACCGCCGCCAUCGAUCCGAAAACUGUUAACACUCCACUAUUUAACAAGGAAGUGCUACAAAAAUUAUCACCUAUAUUAAAUUCUAAUAGAACUCUUAACGAAAGGGAAUUAGCUCUGCUUAAUAGGACUGUACAAAAUUUGGGUGUGGAUAAUGAUUUAUUGGCGAGACUGACUGGUUUAGUUAGGAAUAAUACGGUUAAUAGUACAGUUCAAAGGGACCCUAAAGCUGUGGUAGAAACUAAGUCUUCUUCCUAUGAUGCUUAUGGAGAUGAGAUUGGAAAUAUGGAAGGGUCUGUGAGACAUGUGGAAGAGUCUCCAGAUUAUGCGUCUUCGGUAGUGUUGGCUAGCGAUCUGCUGUCCCUUACUAGUGCUGUUGCUAGCGUGAAGGAGACUACGUGUAGAGAGCAUGGAUACAAGUUCCUGGAUGGAUUGAUCAUGAACAAGAGAUGGGCGCUUAAAAUGUUCGAUGCGUCAGCAAAGUCUCCCCAAGGUCUGCUCUUCGGAUCCUCGUACCAUUUAGGAAACUUUGACGAGUGUGUCGCCAUUGAAGACCCUGGGUACAAUGGAGUUACCAUUGAAGGACAAUAUUGUCUCGCUACUAUUAAAUGGAGGCAGAAACAUGAGACUAAGAAGAUCAGAACCGGUAGAGGCGAGACUCUUCGCUGGGCAGUUUGUGUGCCAAGCGCAUGUCACGCUAAAUCAGUAGCAAACUUCGUCAGCAGUGUCCUAGCCCAUACUGUCAGCAAUACCACUACUGUGGAAGUUUCUGAAAGAGACUGCUACACUAGAAGACCACUCGCCAUCACUUCUCUGGAUGUGGCUUAUUUGUCAUUGAUCCUGCUAUUUGUAACAGUCCUGUUCUUCAGUACCCUGUAUGAAACCUACACCCUCUACUAUGGCAACAAGAAGGAGUCAUUGAUCUCUACGUUGAUCAUUUCUUUCUCCAUGAUCAAUAAUAUGAAGAAGAUCAUCUCGACGAAGCAGCAUAACACUCUAGGAUUGGAGUGCGUCUCUGGUAUCAAGGCUUUGGCCAUGAUCUUCAUUAUUGCUGGCCACGCUUGCAUGUUCAUCGCUAGCGGACCUGUUAUGGAUGCUGAUGCUUGGGAUCGGCUAGUCCGUCAACCAGCGAAUGCCUUUAUGUUGAACAACACGUUGUUAGUGGAUACGUUCCUGAUGCUGAGCGCGUUCCUCUUCUCAAGACUGUUGCUCGUCGAGUUGGACAAAAGACGCGGCAGGCUUAACGUCAUACCGAUUCUAAUCUUUCGGUACAUCAGAGUAACUCCCGCAUACCUGGUUGUGAUUUUGUUCUACAUGACCUGGCUACCGAAGAUGGGAGAAGGUCCUCUAUGGCAGGACAGGUUGCUGUUGGAACAGGAGAGGUGCAUGGCCUCCUGGUGGACCAACAUUCUGUACAUCAAUAACUAUGUGAAUACAGACAAAAUGUGCAUGUUCCAAUCCUGGUACCUCUCAGUGGACACGCAGCUGUUCUUCAUAGCACCCAUCUUCAUCUACAGUCUCUGGCGAUGGAGGAAGUUUGGUCCCAUCCUUACAUCAGUUGCUCUCUUCAUAUCCUUGAUUGUUCCUGCUAUUAUCACGUACAGAGACAAUUUAGAUCCUACGCUUUUGUUUUAUGCCAAAGAAUUUACGGACAUUAUUUCCAACUUCUACUUCAACGAAGCUUACAUCAAAACUCAUAUGAAAACGAUAAUUUAUUUCAUUGGAAUCUUGACUGGUUAUAUUCUGCAUCGGAUACAAACUGAAAACUACCAAUUCUCAUUUGUGAUGAAAACUUUUGGAUGGAUAACUGGUCUGGUUCUUGGAGUAGUUUCUACUUUCACUGUGACUAUUUUCUACCAGGAAUGGUAUCAAUAUAACGCAUUGGAGGCUGCUGCAUAUAUCUCUUUGCAUAAACUUGCGUGGGGAAUCUCCAAUGGUUGGCUGAUUAUUGCUUGUGCUACUGGAAAUGGAGGUUUCUUGGGUAAAUUACUGACAUGGAAGUUUUUGGCUCCUUUCUCAAGAUUGACGUUCUGUGCCUAUCUGGUGAACGGAAUCGUUGAGUUGUACUACGUUGGUGAACUGAGACAUCCACUACAUAUCACGUUCUUCACUGUUAUGGCGAAUGCUAUAUCUCACAUUGUGCUGACAUUCUUCCUUGCCCUAUUUCUAUGUUUAACCUUCGAGUCACCGUUACAUGGUAUCGAGAAGAUACUUCUUCGAAUGUUCGCUCGGCCCGUACUGAGUGACAAUGCAAGAAAAGAAGUAUCAUCGGCGGAAUCAUCGAGAAACACUAGUCAAUCUAAAUUAGAUUCGUAGUUUAGUGUUUUAGCCUUACUUUUAUAUUGUAAGUAAAAAUCACUGUGUGAUAUUUACACAGAUGGUUUUAUUUAUUUAGCUAGAGGAUUGCUAUUUGUCGCGAAAUUAUAUGAAAAGGUACAGGAAAAUGUUAACGAAUACUUUGAAUUGAAAUAAAACUUCAAAAGUGGGUGUAUUAUAACCUUGUUAAGUGUAUAUAGUCGUGGGUAUCUAGGUAAUUCGAAUUUAACAGGUUAGGUUAAUACACUAUUAUACCGGUUACAUUCAAAUCUAUAGGUGCUUUUCCAGCAGAAAUAUGCUAAGUAGACAUGCUACGAAGAUUUAAUAGCUAAGCUGUGAAAAUAUGUGACCGUUUCCAUCGAUACUUAGCUAUGUAGCUGUGCGAGUAAUAUGUGCCGUGAAGAUGCACCGUCGCAAAGUAGCAGGGCGAGUAAGAUGCCCAGCUCGAAUAUACCUACGAUGUAUUGAUAAUAGGAAAGCCAUCCAUAGCAUCUUUCCAUAUAAAAAACAGCUUAGCGAGUCCGUUCCCAGCAGUGCUAUAUGUAUCAAUGAAUAUAAUUGGUGGAAGCCAAACGCAUCCACAACAACGAAGCAUAGCACAUCUCUGGUUGAAUAGCACUCUAAAGACGUUAUACGACUUCUGCCACCAUUUUUUACAAUUGUAAAAAGAUGUAGACAGUAGGUAAGUAUAGUUUUAUUAAUAAACUGUCUGAAAAUUCAAUACCAUUUCUUUAUAAACACAAUUGCAAUCAUAGGUAAUUUUGUAAAUAUAUUUUAGGCCAUACAAUAAUGAUACUUAUUAUUAGUAGGCAUAAGUUGGAGAUUAGGUAUUAUUAAGAAUUUUUUACAUUUAUUAUAUAGAAAAUUAUGUUACCAUUUUUAUAUAUUUUUGUUCCGUGAUAAAUAAAUAUUAGAGCAGCAUCACUUACCAGUUAGGAAUAGCAAUAAAAUUGUAAUAAUAUUCCGUGAAACGUAUCCGGCAUGGCGAACACUUUUAUUACCAAAAUUACAAGAUGGUGAUAGCCGGCAGUAUUUUUUAUAUCAAUCCUGAAUAUAUUUCUGCCAUUCCCAACUUUAUAGUGUACGCUAUAAAGUUCUAAAUUGAAUUUUCUUAUCACAGGAUACUGUUCGUCCAAUAAAAUAUGUUGACAUUACCAAGUUCUGGCGUUUUAGUGUUAACAUAUUUUUUUUAAUGUAUUUGAGGGCUUUAUGACACGGUUUAGUAGGCCAGUGUGUAAUGGUGUGAUGCAAUAUUUAUAAUUAAAAUUGGUAUUUGUGCUAAGGUAAUAAAGUCUAGAUUUCAAAACCACCGUUUCCUAUUAUCCAUUGUAACAAUAUGAAUUAAAAAAAUAUAGAUAUAUACUUUAGGAACAAUGUAUACCACCAGUAUUUUACGUAUAUUUACAUUCCACUUUUCGUCCAAUAAUGACAUCGAUUUAAUCAUAAUAGGUUUUUAAUUAAAGUCAUCUAUAUGUAUCUAUAUAUUAAUACGUGAUGCAAAAACUUUGGACCGCUUUUUACGAAAAUUGCGCGGACGUAGGAGCAUAAAAUUUGGUACACUUAUAGUUUAUGUGUAGGAAAAGUGCAGGACGCUAAUAUUUUUCAAAAAUAAUGCUUAUAAAGUACAUUAAAUUAAUAAAUAAAACAUUACACACACAUGCAUAGUAUCUGAUCGUAUUUGACAAAACGUCAAAAUCGAUAGACAUUGCGAUGAUAUUGACGUCUCAUAUGAAUAGAGUUUUAUAAAAGAGUUUGUUUGAGUUUGAGUUAAAUAAAAAUUAUCCUUGAACGUAUGUUAAGUGGUAUUGUAAAUUAAAUCGUAUAUGGUUGAAUUUCAACCACUAGGCGACCACUAGUAGAAAUAAUUUGGUUAAGGCUUUAUUCAUGUAUAUUAUGGUUAUCAUCAUGACAUUUUGACUAUAUUUAUCUUUAAUUAUUUUCAAUUACAGUGAAUUCUAUUUUUGGAAGUUCGGCCUCAUUAAAUUACUGUUUUGAGAAGUAAAUACUCAAAAGAUUGAAAGGCUUAUAUAUAAAGUAAAAAAUAUAUGUAAAGUAAUAAUGUUAUUACAUCAUAUUAAGUCAAUUAAACAUAAAUUAUUUUUAAUACAAUUACAUAAAAUUAAACAAGAACGGCGAAGUUGUGGCGCCCAAAUGGGCCUGGUCAAAUAUUUAAAUGCAUUGAAUAAAAUUAGGAAACAAUUAUAAUAACUGUAGUUAUUUUACGUUAAAAAUGUAACCACCAUACUCAGAGUCUUUUAAUAGUUACUUAACCCAGUCAUUCGCAAUUGGUUUCGGAACAAAAUCGUUACUGUUAAUGCAUAGUUUAAGUAAUCAUUAAAUUACUCUGAGUACGGCAGUAUUUGUUUUCGUAUUUUUAAAAAUAGUGAUUGUAUUAUUAUAAACAUAAAUUCUAUUAUGACUUCUAUUUUUCUAUAAUACUGCAUGUACAAGACUUGAUCCUUAAGACUUAUGUAUAUAAGAUUUCCAUUGCUCAAUGUAUAACUCUAUUAUUGUAUAUGUAUAAUGUAUAUACCUCAUAUAUACAAGACAUUAUUUUGAUAUUAAAAAUGUUGUUCAAAUUA